AUGCCACCAAUCAAGACCUGCAAAAGCAAUUCCAACAUAGUGCCGAAACAGAAUAGGAAGUUGAAGGAGAUUUUCAACUUAAUUCCAACUCUUGUCCAGAGAUUUGUAAGGGUUCCAUCUUCAAUCCAUCCACACCCAAAGAUUGUGUCGAGCCCUCGUUAUUGGCCUUAUUUUCAGAACUGCAUUGGUGCUAUUGAUGGAACCCAUGUCCCCAUCACUAUUGCUGAUGAAAAAGCUCCCCCAUUUAGGAAUAGGAAAGGGACCCUUUCCCAAAAUGUCAUGUUCCCGUUAGCUCGUUUCACAAAGCAGCAGAUUCAAGAGAAGGAAAAGGAGCUAAAAGGAAACUACAAGGCAGUUCGAGACGUUAGGAAGCAAAGUGGAGUAGGCUGGAACGAGUCCCUUUGUAUGAUCAUUGCUGAACCAGAUAUCUGGGAGAACAAACUGGUGAAGGACUUUCCCAAGGUGAAAACAUUCCGCUCAAAGCCAUUUACUCUCUUCAAUUCAUUGUGUUCACUGUAUGAAGGUAGUGUUGCCACAGGAGAUCUGAACUUUGUCUCAGUUCAUUUGGAUGGUCACAUGUCCUCUACUGACUUGCAUGGCCCAGAGGCAUCAAGAAGAGAAGAUGCUGAACCUACAACAUCUGCGCUCAAAGAAGAACCUCCAAAAAGGAGAAAACAAAGUCAAGUUGCUGUGGUGCUUGAAGAAUACUUGGACUUCAGGAAGAAGCAGUCUGUGGUUGAAGAGAUCAAGGAACCAAAGCCAGAUGAGAAGUUUUCAAUUGCAGCAUGUGUGUCUACACUAGAAGAAAUGGAAGGCUUAACAGAUCGGGAGAAAGGAAAGGUGUUGCGGCUUUUCAAGUGCCAGCAGAAUCGUGAAAGUUUCAUUAAUACCAAGGUCGCAAGUGUUCGCCUUUGUUGGUUGAAAGAAGAAAUUGAUGCAGCAAGAACAUAA